CGCGUCGCUCUUGCCGGGGCGAGUGAUUCGGGAGAAGCCGAUUGGUUUGGCCCCCCUCCUGUCGGGCCGGGCCGGGCCGUGCCGUGCCGGGUCGGGCCGGGUCGCGCUUGUCGGCUGCGCUUUGACUGUGGAGACUCUGCUGCCGCCGGUCACUCUGUGGUUUGAACAGCUGCGUCUCAGUUCGGAUCGGAAUUGAAGGGCGGCUGGUCGCCGAGUCGUGGACCCGCAGUGAGAGGGUCUCUGAAACAAGAAGAGGAAUCCUGUCCGUGUCCCUGCUGUGAAAUAGCGUUUCCUCAGAAAAAAGAUCUUGAGAACCAUUUUAAGAUGCACCACGGAGAAAAUGUUCAUUUAUCAAGAACAGUCACAAAUACUUCAGUACAGCCUAAGAAACAUCUUGCUUCUCGCUCAGACCCAGCUUUGAACCACUGGACUGAAUGUGAACAGAGUUCAGCGACAACAAACAAGUCAAACCAAAUCACCGAACAGAAGCCAUAUCCGUGCAGUGAAUGUGGCAAGAGCUUCACUAUGGUGGGAACCCUUAAAGCACACCAGCGAGUUCACAGAGAAAAGCCCACCCAUCCGUGCACUGAAUGUGGGAAGAGUUUUCGGGAUUCAACUAAACUCAAGAUACAUCAGAGAACUCACACAGGAGAGUCCCCGUAUCACUGCACUUUGUGUGAGAAGAGUUUCAAAGAAUCUGGAACUCUUACAAAGCACCAGCGAACUCACACAGGAGAGACUCCGUAUCGGUGCACUGUCUGUGACAAAACGUUCAGUAUCUUAGGAACCCUGAAAAGACACCAGCGGAUUCACACUGGAGAGACACCGUAUCACUGUGGUGUAUGUGGAAGGAAUUUCAGAGCCUCGGGAAGUCUUGCAGCACAUCGGCGCGUUCACACAGGCGAGACCCCGUACCACUGCACUGUAUGUGAGAAAAGUUUCAGUCAGUUAGGAACUCUUAAAAAACACCAGCGAAUUCACACAGGAGAGACGCCCUACCACUGCACUGUCUGUGGAAAAACAUUCAGCAUUUCAGAAACGCUUAAAAAACACCAGAGAAUUCACACAGGAGAGACGCCGUUUCACUGCACUGUCUGCGGGAAGGGAUUCAGGGAGUCUGGAAGUCUUAAAAAACACAAGCGGAUUCACACAGGCGAGACGCCCUAUCACUGUUCUGAAUGUGGCAAGAGCUUCAAGGAGUCUGGGAAGCUGAAAAUCCACCAGAGAUCUCACACAGGAGAGACCCCUUACCACUGCACUGUCUGUGGGAAGAGUUUCAGUUUGUCUGGAACUCUUAAGAUACACCAGCGUGUUCACACAGGAGAGACCCCCUAUCACUGUACUGAUUGUGGGAAGAGCUUUAGUCGGACCGGAGCCCUUAAAAAACACCAGAGGACUCACACAGGCGAGGCUCCUUACCUCUGUUCUGUCUGUGGGAAAGGAUUCAGGGAGUCUGGAAGUCUUAAAAGACACCAGCGUAUCCACACAGGAGAAAUGCCAUAUCACUGUAGUGUGUGUAAGAAGAAUUUCAGUGAACUGGGAAAUCUUAAAAAACACCAGAGAAUUCACACAGGCGAGACCCCAUAUCACUGCACAGAAUGUGGAAAGAGAUUUGUGUACUCUGGCCAGCUGAAAACUCAUGCAUGUAAAGUUGAAAACAAUACCAUUUAAAUAGUCCUUCCUUUUGUUAUUUCUUUUCUUAUAUAUAUAUA